AUGACAUCAUCCAGGACUUGGCUUGUCACUGGUGCAUCAUCUGGUCUUGGAGCCGCAGUGGCCGAGGCGGCUCUCCAAGCCGGACACAAUGUCAUUGCCACGGCUCGCAACUGCAUCAAAGCAGCCGAAGCCAACCCACGGAUCUCAAAGCUUGGAGGCAUCUGGAUUGAGCUCGACGUGAGAAGCCCCAACACCACCAAUCUAGUGGAGGACGCAAUCAACAAGGCUGGCGGCGUUAUUGACGUGAUUGUCAACAACGCCGGGUACUCGCUGCUUGGCAGUAUCGAGGACAUGAGUGAGAACGAGAUCGAGGCCCAAUUUAGCACGAAUGUUUAUGGCCCCGUCCGUGUGUUGAAGGGAGUUCUCCCUUUCAUGCGGGCGAGAAAGUCUGGAACAGUCGUGAAUAUCAGCAGUAGUGCCGGGAUUGAUGGACUUCCCACUUGCGCGAUGUACGCCGGAACGAAAUUUGCUCUUGAAGAGAUCACAGGCAUGUCUGAAAGCCUUUCACGAGAACUGGAACCGUUUGGCAUUCGAGUGCUCGUCGUCGAGCCGGGAUCGCUCCGAACAAAUUUUUGGAGUGCCUAUGCCGAGCCUGUCGCUGGCAUGAACAAAGCAUACGCGGGGACCCCUCUAGAAAAUGUCCUUCAGGCUUUCAAAACGAACAAGGGGACACAACCAGGCGAUGCUAUCAAAUGUGCCCAGAGGAUUUUAGAAGUUGUGGACGAUACCGGAAUGGGAGUUGGAAAAGGAAGUUUGCUUCGAUUGCCACUCGGACCAGAUUGCUAUAAACGUCUCCAGAGCAAAGUUGACGCGCUUCAGAAAACCUUACUGCAGACCAAAGAGAUUGCACAUUCGACGGGCUACUGA